AUAUAAUUUUGGUCAGAGUAAGGAAUUUAGCUUCCAUUUCUUUAAAGCCAGUCUGGUUUACAUUCACCUACUACCAGAACAGAAAGAGAGCCAUCAUUCUAAAGAGAAAAGAUCUACCAGAAACAAAAGAAGAGAUUGCACAAAAGGUCUCUGUCCAUACAACAAUGGCUACACCGAAGGAGCAGCAACAGUCUCAGAUUCAACGGAUUAAGAACUCUGGACUAAUCAGUUCCAAUGGAAGUCCUGGUAGAGAUGACAAAGAGGAGGAGAUGUCAAGAUCCGCAUUGGCUUUGUUUCGAGCUAAAGAAGAAGAGAUUGAGAAGAAGAAGAUGGAAGUGAGAGAUAAAGUCCAAGCUCAACUGGGAAAAGCUGAAGAAGCAACUAGACGCUUAGCUGAGAUUCGAGAAGAGCUUGAAGCUUUGACAGAUCCGGUGAUGAAGGAAGUUUCAGUUGUACGUAAGAAAAUUGAUACAGUUAACAGGGACUUGAAGCCUCUGGGCCAAAGCUGCCAGAAGAAGGAGAGGGAAUACAGAGAGGCCCUUGAAGCUUUUAACGAGAAGAACAAGGAAAAGGCUCAACUUGUCAGCAAGCUGAUGGAAGUAAGUAAAUUGGUGAGCGACAGUGAGAAACUGAGAAUGAAGAAGCUUGAAGAGCUGAGCAAAAGCGUUGAACUCCUUAAAUAAACUGUGCUAACUGCCAACUGGGUUCCAUGUUAUGUAAUUAGAAUCAUCAUCAUCAUCAUCAUCUUCUUAUAUCUGUUACAUUAAUUUGUAAGGAUUUCUGUUUUUGAGUAUUGAUUUUUCCUUCUGAUUGUGGUCCAA